AUGGGUGGAGGAAACGGAGCCAAGGCAGCGAGCAAGCGCGAACGCGCAGCCAAAGACGCCAAGCCCGCCGCGAAGUCUCAGAAGAAAGUCAACGAGCGGGCUAUGGACGUCCAAUGCAAUAUCUGCAAGGCGACUUUUUUGAAGACGAGUCGUGCGCCGGCGCUCACCGAGCAUGCGACGAAUAAGCACAGCAAGACCCUGCCGGAGUGCUUCCCGAACUUCGUUGUCGCAUAA